AUGCCGCACAGCCAGCCAGCAACUGUGGAAGAAAGAUUCAGCAGAUAUUUGGAAUCUGGCUGUGAGACCAAGAAGUCAUCUCCAGAAAACAAUAUUUAUAAAAUGGAAUCACUCCAGUGGGAGACAUUGGGAAAACCUUUAGGUCAUAACCUUGAGUACAAGUGUCUGGGAGACAUGGCCUACAAAGAUCAGUUUGAGAGUCAACAGAGAAAUCAGGGGACAUUUUCCAUACAUGUGAAAACCUGUGAAGAAAAGGCCACGCAGAGUCAUUCCACAACCCCUACUCUUCAUCAAAUAAUUCCUACAAAGGAAAAAUUGUACAAAUGUAAGGGAUGUAGACAAGCCUUCCAUUACCUUUCAUGCCUUAUUCAGCAUGAGAAAACUCAUAAUAAAGAAAAACAUCCUGAAGUUAAGAAAUGUAGGAAGACCUUUAGCAAAAAACCAAGCUAUGGUCAACAUCAGAGGAUUCAGACUGGUGAGAAACCAUAUGAGUGUAUGGAAUGUGGCAAGUCCUUUGGUCGUAGUUCUGAUCUGAUUCAACAUCAGAAAAUUCAUACUAAUGAAAAACCCUAUCAGUGCAAAGCAUGUGGGAAAGCUUUCAUUCGUGGCUCACAGCUCACUGAACAUCAGAGAGUUCAUACAGGAGAGAAACCCUAUGAAUGUAAGAAAUGUGGAAAAGCCUUUAGCUAUAGUUCACAGUAUACUCUGCAUCAGAGAAUUCAUAGUGGUGAAAAACCUUAUGAAUGUAAAGAAUGUGGAAAGGCCUUUAUUCUUAGCUCUCAACUUACUUACCAUCAGAGAAUUCAUAGUGGUGAAAAACCCUAUGAGUGUAAGGAAUGUGGAAAAUCCUUUAUUCUUGGUUCACACCUUACUUAUCAUCAGAGAGUGCAUACUGGUGAGAGACCUUAUAAAUGUAAAGAAUGUGGAAAAGCCUUUAUUUGUAAUUCUAAUCUCACUCAACAUCAGAGAAUUCAUACUAAUGAAAAACCCUACAAAUGUAAAGAAUGUGAAAAGGGCUUUAAUUGUUGCAAACAGCUUAGUGAGCAUCAGAGAGUUCAUACAGGUGAGAAACCCUUUGAAUGCAAGGAAUGUGGAAAAGCCUUUAUUCGUGAUGCAUAUCUUAUUCAACAUCAGAAAAUUCAUGGUGAGAAACAUUAUGAAUGUAAGGUAUGUGGGAAGACUUUUAUUCGUGCUACACAACUUACUUAUCAUGAGAGAAUUCAUACGGGUGAAAAACCCUACAAAUGUAAGGAAUGUGACAAGGCCUUUAUUUAUGGGUCACAACUUAGUGAACACCAGAGAAGUCAUAGAGGUGAAAAACCCUAUGAAUGUAAGCAGUGUGGGAAGGCCUUUAUUCGUGGUUCACACCUUACUGAACAUCAGAAAACUCAUACUGAGGAGAAGCCUUAUGAAUGUAGGGAAUGUGGAAAGGCCUUUAGUCGUGGAUCAGAACUUACUCUGCAUCAAAGGAUCCAUACUGGACUGCAGGUCACUCGCAGGUACUCCCCGGACUCCAACACAUCUGAAAUUGUGCGCAUCUUUGGCGCCGCAGGUCCUAGGACUAUUGUUGGACUUGUACCUGCUGUGUUUCCUGAUGAUCUUGGGAUUAUGCCAUUUUACCUGCCCAUCGUGGAUUUUUCAGCCUCAACAACCAGUAACUGCAUGAGUCAGAAGAAGCCUUCGGCUUCAUGUGUCUGUGGCUCAGACCAAGAAGUGGAGGAGAGAGUCAAGGCACGCAGGGUGGCCAAGCUUGUGAAUCGCGUGGUGCCUGCCGUCAUGGAAGGGGACUUGGCCUACAUGCAGGUCUUUAUGUGCACCUUCAGACGUUACACCACCACCCGGCAUGUCCUGGACGUGAUGUUCAAAAGGGGUUGUGAUGUCAUCUUGUGGGAGCCUAUACUUGGUGUCACCAGAAUGGGGAUUCCUGGUCCAUCACUGGAAGCUGAUGGAGAGCCAGUUGGAGAGCUGGAAAUUGUUCCUGGUCUACCACCAGAUGUGAUUGAAGAACCCUGUGGUGUUUUGGAUCCAGAUGCUGAAACAAAAUUAGAGCCCUAUAGAGCCCCAGAUCCACCAUCAGCAGCUCCAUUACUGGAAGCUGGUGAAGAGCCAGCUGGACAGCUGGACAUUGUUCAUCAUCCGCCACAAGAAGCAAAUGGAGGACACCUUGAUAUGGCCCCGGACCGACAGGCUGAGCCUCGUGCUGUUCCUUCUCCGCAGAAUGUCCCCUAG